UACGGUCUUACACUUACACACUGUGAAUGAAUGACUGAUUGACCAAACAAAGUCUUGUCAGUGUCAGUGUCACACUUUUGUGGACAGAGGCAACCAGGUUUUCUUGUUUUUGUUUUUCUGCUCACAACAAUUCAUAACAAUGAGUGAAGACAGAGUAUGGAGGAAUAAAACUUAUUCCUCGAUGCACAGAUCGUCAACCUCGUCCUCGGGAUGUGCACCAGAUGCAGACUGCGCCAAGAGGCAGCCUGACGAGGCCGAGGAGCUGAAGGUUUGCAGAAUAGUCGCGCUGCCUGAUAUGAUUCUUCGGCAGAUUUUGCAACACACUACAUAUGAGCACAUCAGUGAACUGAGAUUGGUUUGCCGUCAUUUCAACCGAGUAUGCCAGGACCUGCUUAGUCAUGGCAGUCGCCAACUGAACCGCUACCACGCCAAGUGUUUCAAGAGUCUGAAGGCACAGCUACCCAAGCGGGAAUCGGAGAGACGAGAGCACCCUCUGGCCAAACGCUGUGACAUUCUCUCCGCCGUCGAGACACGGCUAUCGCUUCUGUCCAUGACGUACAGCAAGUACAUGGAUCUCCAGCUGUGUUGUUUCAUACCUGGCAAGGUGAUUGACGAAGCCUUUGCAGUUCUGCGACACGUCCAACAUGCUAAAGACCUCCUCCCGAUGUCAGAACUCCUCAAGGAGCUCCGAGACAUCUCCUCCAUGGCCAUCGAGCAUUUUGACGAAGAAAUUGUGCCCACACUUAAGAAGAAGAGAGUGUUCCAAGGGCCUCCAAGUCUGUCUGGAGAAGUUCUUCCAAGCAACAACAUCUUCAAGCAGAUCAUGGAGCUGAAGACGAGCCUGAAGAAGCGGGACAACUUCACCGCGGCCCUGUCCCGCAAAAUCAACACGUGCGUGGCCCACCGCAAGCUGAUCGCUGAGCAGGGCCAGAAGAUCCUGCAGCAGGAACAAGUGAUCACCGAACUCCGCAACAAAGUCUCCGAACAGUGCCAGAGCCUAGUCAGCCAGGAACGCCGGCUGGCCUUACUGGAGGAGAGAGUGAAUCGAUACACUGUGAACUUUGACCUGCUGCCCGAGGUGGCCAGCGGAGCGGGGAGCAUGAAGCGGAAGGAAGCCAGUAGAGAUGAGGGUGAAGGUGCCGGGUUUGCAGAGAUCGUGUCCAAGAAAACGCGCAAAACUUAAACAUCAUCAGGUCAUCACUAGCGUAAUAAUAUAAUAAUUUAUUUGAGGCUGGGUUUUGUAAACUUUUCCACUUAUGAACCAACAAAAGCUGUGCCUACCGUCACUUGUUUUUUAAAGGCAACUUUAGCUAAGAUGUGCUCUGUUUUGUAUUUGAAAAAAAAACAAAUCUUAACAAAUAUUACAUGUACAUGUACUCUAGAUGUUGAGGAUACACGUGCAUGUAGCUAAUAACCCUAACCUACAUGUACCUGAGUCCAUCAAAAUCCACACCCCUGUUUGGAAGAUUUCGAUUCAAGAUA